CGAGUCCGAACCGCCAGAGCCAAGCAAGGGGCCGGGGGCGCCGAUCCGGGAAAGCUGGGCCAGGAGAGCAGAACUGGGAGACCAGAGCGCAGCGGGAACCGGCUGGAGCCGGAGCCCCUCAGGCACCUACUCUCCCGCCCAGGCUAUCGGCGCACGUAUAGUGGCCCACAGGCCCCCGCCCGGGCCCAGUCCCCUCCCGGGCCCUCCAUGGCCCGGGCCGCAGCCCUCCUGCCGUCGAGAUCGUCGCCGACGCCACUACUGUUGCAGUUGCUGCUACUGCUGCUGCUCCGGCAAACCGGAGCCCAGGAUGUUCAAGUGCCACCUGAGGUACUAGGCUUUGUGGGGAGCACUGUCGAGCUUCCAUGCCACCUGCUGCCACCCACCCCCAAAGUGGAAGUUUCACUGGUGAUUUGGCAGCGUCUGGAUGCAGCUGGAGUCAGCCAGAAUGUGGCCACCUUCCACCCUAAGUUUGGUGCCAGUUUCCCCAGCCCACAGCCAGGCAGUGAGCGGCUGUCCUUUGUUGCCGCUGGGCAGAACACCAGGAAUGGGCAAGGCACCAAGAUGGAGCUUCGGGACGCUACGCUGGCUCUCCAGGGGCUGACAGUAGAGGAUGAAGGCAACUACACCUGUGAAUUUGCCACCUUCCCUAAGGGCUCACUUAAUGGGGUGACCUGGCUCAGAGCCAUAGCCGAGCCCCAGAACCACGCUGAGGCACAGGAAGUCACGCUCAGCCUAGACCCCGUACCUGUGGCUCGCUGCGUCUCCACAGGAGGCCGCCCCCCUGCCCGAAUCUCCUGGUUGUCGCCCCUGGAUGGGGAGGCCAGAGAGAGUCAGGGGCCAGGACCCCAGCCUGGCACAGUCACCGUCACCAGCCGCUUCACCUUGGCACCCUUGGGCCAAGCAGAUGGUGCCAAGAUCACCUGCAAAGUGGAACAUGAGAGCUUCAAGGAGCCAGUCCUACUGCCUGUGAUCCUUUCCGUGCGCUAUCCACCUGAGGUCUCCAUCUCUGGUUAUGAUGACAACUGGUACAUUGGCCGUGGUGAGGCCACCCUAAACUGCGAUGUCCGCAGCAACCCAGCACCCACGGGCUAUGACUGGAGCACGACUUCAGGUGUCUUCCCAGCCUCAGCAGUGGCCCAGGGCCCCCAGCUGAUCAUCCACUCAGUGGACACACUGGUCAACACUACCUUUAUCUGCACGGUCACCAAUGCUGUAGGCACAGGCCGCGCUGAGCAGAUCGUUUUUGUCCGAGAAUCCCCCAACACAGCAGGUGCAGGGGCCACAGGUGGCAUCAUUGGAGGCAUCAUUGCUGCCAUUAUUGCUACUGCUGUGGCCGCCACAGGCAUUCUCAUCUGUCGGCAGCAGCGGAAGGAACAGAGGCUUCAGGGGGCAGAGGAGGAGGAUGACCUAGAGGGACCUCCCUCAUACAAGCCACCAACCCCAAAGGCAAAGCUGGAGGAACCAGAGAUGCCCUCCCAGCUCUUCACUCUGGGGGCCUCUGAACACAGCCCACUCAAGACCCCUUACUUUGAUGCUAGCGUCUCAUGUGCUGAGCAGGAAAUGCCUCGAUACCAUGAGCUGCCCACCUUGGAAGAACGGUCAGGACCCCUGCUCCUUGGAGCCACCAGCCUGGCACCCCCCAUCCUGGUGCCUCCAGGGCCAGCUGCUGUGGAGGGAACUUCCCUGGAUCUAGAGGAUGAAGAGGAAGAGGAGGAAGACUAUCUGGACAAGAUCAACCCCAUCUACGAUGCCCUGUCCUACACCAGCCCCUCUGAUUCCUACCAAGGCAAAGGCUUUGUCAUGUCCCGGGCCAUGUAUGUGUGAGCUGCCAUGGAUCUGGCCUCUCACUUCUCAUUUUUGAUCUCUUAGCCUUCUGCUAGGGAUCUAGUGCCCCCUAACCUCCGGCCAGGCCAUUUGUCAUUUAACACACAUGCAUCCCAUCUGUGACUUCUACCUUGGCGGCUCCAUUAUGACCUCUAAUCCCUGAUCAUUGACCCAGAGAAAACUGCUGUGACAAUGGAGACCUGGUAACCUUAUUUCAUAAGACUGUGACCUUAAACCAUACCUCUCAUCUUCCACCAACAUUUUGACUCCCCCAAAUCCCAAAGCAGACCCCAGACCUAGGAUUUGUCUUCAGCCAGUAAAUUCCCAAUAGGUCUGGAGUAUGCGUUAGGGACUUCCUGCUGCUCAGACCUGAGCCCUCCAGGCGGCAGGGCCCCAUUUGCCCCCACCCCACCUCAUUCCCCAGAGGUGGAAGGAAGGGAUUCCCCAGCCCAAGGUAGAGCUUUCCUAUCUCCUCCCUCCUGCAGGCAGGAGUCUCAGGGUCCGGACCCCUCCCUGAGCCCCAAUUCCUGUCUACAGAGCUUGAAGCUCCAACCCAGGACUAGAUGGGGCCAGCCUCAUGCAGAGUGUGCCUUGAUAGCCCCAACCUUGGGAGAAGAAUUUGAAAUUACCAUGAAGACUACUGAAUCCUUUUACCCCUGACCAGUGGCAUGAGACCUAAACAUCCCCCUUCGGGUCACCUGGGUUGAAGGUAGGGAUAUGAUAUUGUUUUGUAAGCUAACCAUUUCCUACAACAUAUGAGUUUAUACUUUGACCAA